AUGUUAGCCUUCAUUCAAGAUAAUCUAUCCUCUGUCUAUGAUUCUGAGGAUUUGCCGGAUUUCUCGCCCGCUCGAAUACGUCGCCUUACUACGAAUCCUAACUCGCUGUCCGACGCAAUUGGUUUCUUGAAGGAUAUAAUUCCUUUGGGACCGCCAAUAUUAGCCUGCUGCAUUGAUGGACUCCGAAUCUUAGAUUCUUCGGAACAGUCCCAUUGGUACCAAGAUUGUUUGGAGUCCUUCAUUGAAGUUAUAGGAACCACAAAACCCCCUCAUCCGCGCAUCAUGAAGGUAUGGCUUUCCACUGAUGGAAACAGCGAGGCCCUUCAGGUUGCCGUUAACGCCGGCUGGAUUGAAGCCGAUAUUACAAACAGCGAGGGCGACGCAGAGCCUCUCGAGAUAGAUCAGUGGAUGUAG